GGGAAAUUAGGUCUUUCUCUCUUUAUCCGCUUCCGCCGACUUCUUAACGGUUAGUCGUCGGAUACUUGCGGCAGUGAUUUUACAGUUCGCCGGAGGUCUACUCCGAAACACAUUUCUGAUUUACUUGAAAUCCUCACUCUAUCGACUAUUGCUUCCAGUGCUUGAGAUUAACUCCCAUUUCCAGAUUUUAGUAGAGCUCUGUUUCCUGUUCAAAUAUCUCUUUAAAAAGGAAGUAAACAAAAUGAUUGGAUCCCUUCUUACCAGAGGACUUGUGAUGGUUUUUGGUUAUGCUUAUCCAGCUUACGAAUGUUAUAAAGCUGUUGAAUUGAAUAAGCCUGAGAUUGAUCAGCUGCGGUUUUGGUGCCAGUACUGGAUAUUAGUGGCUGUUUUAACAGUUUGUGAGCGAAUUGGUGAUACUUUCAUUUCAUGGGUUCCAAUGUACAGUGAAGCUAAGUUGGCAUUCUAUAUAUAUCUGUGGUACCCUAAAACUAGGGGAACUUCUUAUGUGUAUGACUCUUUCUUUAGACCAUAUGUUGCUAAACACGAAAAUGAAAUUGACCGUAACUUGUUGGAACUAAGAACUAGAGCUGGAGAUAUGGCAGUUCUUUACUGGCAAAGGGCUGCAAGCUAUGGCCAGAUUAGAGUUUUUGAGAUUCUGCAAUAUGUUUCACAGUCAACCCCAAAACCUCAACAUCCUCAGGCACAAGGUCCUAAGGCUUGCGAACCCUCUAGUGUGCCUGAACGUCAAGCAUCUAGUAAAGCACAAUCUGAGGCUAAACAACCGGCAUCGCCGACAUCCAGCACAUCUUCAAGUCAACACAAAAAGGAAGUAACUGAAGAUGUGGGACCUUCUAAGGUUCCUUUACAGUUGGCUAAACCACCUGCCCGUUCAGCAUCCUUAAGUUCAGCAUCCUUAAAUAGCCAGAAAGUAGAUACUGCAACCGAAUCAACCAGCCAACCUGCUGCGGAAACUGAAAAAGUAGCAAAGCGAGAUGAAUCACUGCCACCUUCUCCGGAGGAUGAAGGCACGAAGCCUCCCCCAAAAGAGACUCUCAUGGAAGAAAGCAUUCGACUCAAGCGCGGUAGACUAAGGAAGACCCGAUCUGCAGCACAAUAAAAUAAUGGUAUCAGUUCUUGUUCUUCCAGGUUAGUAGGCAUAGAAUGGUACUGAAUAAUUUGUUAUUAACGUUGAUGUAAAUGUGUUGUCCUUUAGUUUUGAUUUCAGCUGUUGAAUUGUUGCUUUAUCGGUUCAAAUAACUUAA